UAUUAAUAAAAACAUGGGAAGUGGAUACAUUGCACAUCUGUAUAAGUGUGUAUGUGAAACUAAAAAUGGUAGAGGUAUAUAUACAUGGUCAGCGUCGCGCUGAAAUCGAAUCGCAAUUUAACUUAGAUUGGAAUCUACGACUCCCUCAUGAUGUUUCGCUAUGCGAAGAUAUUUUGAAGGGUCUUGAAUUAGCUAUAAGUAAAUUAGAGGAAUCCAAUUCCUAUCUUCGAGCAGAACAUGAGAGUCAAAAUGACCAUGUUCUAAUUGAAUAUAUAGAGGAAAAUGAGCUUGUUUUACGUCGUAAACGGUACCAGGUUGAGCAAAUAAAGUCACACAUUGCUAGUCUCACGGGUAUUAUCCAACCACCAAACGCAGAUCAAGGGGGAGGCGAUUUAAAAUUAUAGUUAAUACGUGUCUUCAAUGUAUCAU